ACAGACCCCCAUCCCCACUAUAACUAUUACUGCUCAAACCAUCUUCCCACAACUAUUGACUACUAACACAACUUCCUAAUUACAGAGAGCCAAACAGGGCCUUGAUCUACCUGCCCACCAUGCCUUCAAGAGUCAGCGAUGUUGCCAUUAGACUCCAUCCUAUUCACUUUCACCACAAACAUUUAGACUUGAGCUCGGUAAAAGAGUUACCUGAGUCUCAUGCAUGGACUCCCCUUCCCCACAAAGGCCCUUCCACCUUGACCACGGCCGAGUACUCGGUGCCGGUCAUCGAUCUCAGUGACCCGAAUGCCCGGGAGCUGGUCGGCCAUGCAUGCAAGACAUGGGGGCUCUUCCAAGUGACCAACCAUGGCAUCCCGACCAACCUUCUUGAUGACAUUGAAUCUGCCGGUAGGAGCCUGUUUUCCCUCCCCAUCCAGCAGAAGCUCAAGGCGGCUCGCUCCCCGGAUGGCGUCUCUGGCUAUGGCGUCGCUCGCAUUUCUUCCUUCUUCCCCAAGCGCAUGUGGUCCGAAGGCUUCACCAUUUUUGGAUCACCGCUCCAACACGCUCGCCAACUUUGGCCGCAUGAUUAUCACCAAUUCUGCAAAGUAAUUGAAGAAUAUGAGGAGGAGAUGCAGAAGCUAGCAGCAAGGUUGAUGUGGCUGGUGCUGGGGUCACUGGAGAUAAGCAAAGACGACGUGAACUGGUGUGGUCCGAGAGGCGAUUUCCAAGGGGCUAGUGCAGCCAUACAGCUGAAUUCCUACCCGGCGUGCCCCGAGCCAGACCGGGCCAUGGGUCUAGCGGCCCACACAGACUCGACCCUACUCACCAUUCUCUACCAGAGCAACACCAGCGGGUUGCAGGCGCUCCGAGAGGGAGCUGGGUGGGUCACAGUCCCUCCGCGGCCAGGUGCUCUGGUGGUCAACAUAGGUGACCUCCUCCACAUCCUAUCAAACGGGUUGUACGCAAGUGCCCUCCACCGGGUAAUGGUGAACCGGACUCAACACCGGCUCUCCAUCGCCUACCUCUAUGGGCCACCGGCCAAUGUCCAAAUAUCACCACUACCAAAACUAGUAGGCCCGACCCACCCUCCUCUCUACCGACCAGUCACUUGGACCGAGUACCUCCACACCAAGGCAAAGCAUUUCAACAAAGCACUUUCACUAGUCCGCUGCGAUCCCCUAAAAGGACUGGUCGACGUAAAUAAUUAAUAAUGAUCAAUAUGUGAGCAGCAGCUAGUAGCAUAAGAAAGAAACCUAAUUGGCAGGUUGGAAGAUUGUGGGGGAGAGAUGGAAAGGAAUGAUGAGGGAGCUUAGGUUCAUUCAUUCCCAUGAAAAAGGUCCUGAGGUUGAGGAUAAAAGUUGUAUCAAGUAGUAUAUUAAAAGGGGUGCAGACAAACAGUCUCCAUUGGCCUUUUUUGUCUUUUGGAGCAGAAAGAGAAAAUGGGAAAAUUAAUUUAAAUACUCUAGUAGACGACAGUGGAACCGACAUCUUUUUGCCCUGGAUAUAAAGGAAGAUCCCACACCCCCACCCCACCCCACCCCCAUCCCCAACAAUAAAAAGACAGACAGAAAUCCAUACAAAUAUGGCUAAAUCAUUGUGAUUAAAAUAGAUGGGAAAGAUGAUGAAUAUUGGUGAAAUAACAUGUAUUCCAGAGAGUCUUCUGCAAAAUGAUCACAGUUAAAACAAAGCCCACCCCAAUGAUUUAAGCCUGCAAGUUGGAAAGAGAAUAAACCCAUGAUUGUCACUUUCCGGUUGAACGACCCUCGUUAUCUCCAAAUCUAAUUCAAGCACUUCUGCUUAGCUUUGAACAAAUGGUCUUGAUGCUCUACAAACGUCCACCUUCUGGCACAAGAUAAGUGACGAAGAGAACAAGAAAUAAAUAAAUAGAAUGCGGUUUCAGCCAGAAUAUCCAGUCACUCCAAAAUCAGGAAUGGAAAAUGCAGCAAAGAGGAAAAAAAGUAAUCAACUAUUCAUGGCAUCUCAUAAAUCUAAAGAGUAAGGAAUGCAGUGUAUCACAAACCAAAGAUGAUCAAUUUCACCAGCAGAAUACAUGAGAA